UCCUUGGAGACGAUCAGGAGGUAGCGCGCCCACAGUGGCGGACUGACAACAACAUCCCCAAAAUGGAGCCUCCGCAGAGGGCGGCAGCGUCUCCUCAGUUGCCAGCAGAUGAAGAUGAGAGUCAGUGUGUUGGACAGACACCCACAAACCAGCAUGGAGCUCAAAGACACACCAGUCAGGAUCAGAGACCGCCCAGACUGGAAUCAGGCGGCUGGGAGCUUCAGCAGCCGUGGGGACGCUCCUUUCAGCCAGAGUUUCAGGACAGUAACUUGUCUCCAGCUCUCUCCCUGCUGCCUGCAAACUCUGGAGUGGAACAAUACUUCACUGAAUAUUCGUUAUUCCAACAAAGUGACAAUGAAUUUGCUCCUUUAAGGGCGUACCCAGACAUUUCCAUGGCAUCAGAGAAGUUUCACUCUCCUCCCGAAGACAGCACCUCUCAGGCCUCAGAGCGCGGCUCGCUGUCCCAGCAUCCUUUGGCUCAGGCGACCGUCCUGUCUGAAGAAGGAGUGAGCAGCUGCUCUCUGUCCCAGCACAGUUUGUCACUGACAGACGAUCACAGACGAGAGGAGAGAGUUCACUCCCCACAAAAUGACACACAGAGAGCACCUUUCAGAGACAAAACAGAUAGCAGGAGAGAAGAGACACGAACCGACCCUUCAGAUGAGCCAGCAGGAGAGGCUGCUGAAAAUGAGAUUUUCUUUUUGAGUAAGGAUAUUCCCGCGCAGCAUCUCCUGGAGAUCCUUCAGAAAGAUAUUGGCAUGCCGAGCAGCAGUAGUGCUGCUUCUUCUGCCUCUGAGAGCUCUGUGAAGGCCGCUGCAUCUUUUGCCAAAGAGUCUAAAGGCACUAAAGUUUGCAAGCCGUGCGUUGACCUUAGAAGAGAAGGUCCUCCGGGUGAAGCUUCUCUCUCUCUGCAGCAGACAAAACAACCUGACAGAGAUUUACACCCCGACCAAUCACGAACAUCUGAGGUGUGUAACAUCACCACGGGGCCCCGCAGCACCAAACCUGAUGACAGCAGUGAAAUGUUACACAGAGAGCUGCUGUCAGAGGUCGAGAGGCGCACCAGCCGUGAAGCUGAAUCUAAAAACCAGCAGCGGAAAAGUCCCACUCCACCUGGUCAGUCCCAAACACCACAUCCAACAGAAACGUCUGAAGGCAAGCCAAGUGUGACCGGAGCAAACGUGGGUGGCGUGCCGUGGACGGGGCCGUUCUCAGCAGGCGUCGUACGCUGUCACAGAGAGCACGACCUCUGGUCCUCUGGGAACCAAACAGGGGUUGAUGGCUCAUACCUGGGUUUCCUGCCACAGUCUCAGUCCACUCCUGGGGUGUUUAAAGCACCGCCCAAAUCCAGCGUCAAGGUGAAAUUAGGGCAACUUUCUGCCAUAGAGUCCAAUAAAGAGAACUCAUAUCAGUCAGAGGUCUCUCCACAGCCAGCUGUCUCUGCCACUGAUGUCCAUGUCCCGGAAAAUCAGAGCCAAGAGGACACUACCUCUGCAAAAGUCCAGUCUCUGCCAAGUCUCAACUACAUGCAGAAAGUCGACGCCUGGAGGGCAAAUCAGAGCUCAGGCAAGACGUCACUUUUUGAUAGCUUUGCGCUGCAAGGGUUUUCUGGCGUCUCUCCGAAAAAGAAAGCCUACGAUGCUGUAUCUGACUCCUUGAAUCGCAUCCUAAGUCAGCAGGCGAUGAGUUUACAGCAGCGUCCUGUUUUAAGUGCCGCCAACCUGGACGUCACACGGAGCUCCUCCACGGCUCCCUCAGCGUCUUCAUCCACAAGGAGAGGGGAGGCGGUGGGCAGCGCUCCCAGCGACAGCACUGCACCAAGACCCUCUGCCUCACCCUUUGGCAGGUCACAGUCCCACUCCUCUCUGAGCACCGUUGUCAUGUCGACUCAGAAAGCUCAGCAGGCGGAGAGACCUCCAGAGGAAGAGAAGAGUCAGACUCCUCAACCAGUUCAGCCCUCGCCUCGUAUGAGCCUCAGUCAGUUCAGUGAUGUGUCGCUCGAUCGAGAUUUGACAGUCUCAAGUUCCCAAGACAGUCACAACAGUGGAGUUAAAUUAGGGACUUCAGUUGGAGCGUCCUCAGUUCUCAGUCUGGAGGUCGAUAACUAUGCCCCCUACUGGACUUCUAAACUUUCAACACCACCACCUCAACACCAGCUCAACAUUGAGGAUCGGAUUCCGUUGUAUCUCCAUAACCUGGGUAUUGACCAGUCUCCCUCAACAAUUUUAACUCCAUUUGCACCCAGAGGGCCAAUCAGAGAGCCUGAAUUCUCCCCCACUGAUCUCUGUACGAUUAAAGGAUCUAUUGGAACCCCGACCAAGAGCACACAAGCAUCUGAAGGUGACAGUCCCCAUAAAGGAGAGUUUUCCAGGUGCAGCAUUCUGUCAGUGGACUCCAGUAUAUCCAUACCCCUGAGCCUGGACAGUCUCGGUCCAGGUGUAUCUAUCCCAGAGCGCACCAGACAGGCUUCUCCUCCUUUAGCAACAGAAGAUAUGAAGAGUGAACGCAGACUGGCCUCCUCCCCACUGCCUGAAGAAGACUCUUAUCCCUCCACGCUGCAGGCGACCCAGCAGGAGAGCAGCCUAACCAGCAGCCAGAACACCAUCCAGCUCGGGGACAGAUUCGACUCUGACCCCUCGUUUGACCGCAAGGCGGGGUGUGAGGAGAGAGAAGAAAUGAGCCGCAGUUUAGAGCAAAGCGCAGAAGAUUCUCUCGUCAGCUCCAACGCGUUGUUGGAGAUCCGUAAGCUGCUCUCUCAGGCGGAGAGCGUGGUGUCCGCCGGGGCCUCCCCUGCUGCGCCGCGUCUGCUCUCUGAUGACGACAUCUUCCUCUCACUGAGGAAGCAAACCCGCAGACUCCAGGACUCCUCCUUCUCCUCCUCCUCCUCUGCUAUUGAAGAUCCCAGAACUCGAUCCUCCUUGCUGUGCGCCAGGUCCUCGUCUGACUCCAUGCUGACCUCAGAAAGACUUAGGGAAACCUCCAUUGGUCGAGAGAGUGUGACGUCAUUGGGGCAAUCUCAUCAUCCAUCCACACAAGCUCUUUUUAGCACAGCUGCGUACAGAAGGAUGCAAGAUAGCUGUGUGGGUGGAGGUGCGAGGUCCCUCGUCCUCUCCCAGUCAGCCCGGCGUGCAGAACCUGAAGGCUGCAGCGCUGCUCCCCCUGACAACACCGUCCCCCUACAGCCGCCAGUCAGCAAGCCUUCACCAGUUUUGAGCACACCACAGCUCACCUCUCCUCCUGCAGACACAGCGGGUAUCACAGGGGAGGAGAAAAAUCCUGCACAGAGCAGCUCCUCCUCGUCCAUCCAAGAGGACAGUGACCAGGGCGUGAUGAGUGACAGGAGCAGUGAGAGCUCGCUGGCUGUCAGAGUGGCAAAGUUACUGCAGAGUGAAUCUCCGGCCACCAUGGUGUCCAGUACACCCAGCAUCACCGACCAGGAGGAGAGCAAAGCCAAAGAAUGGAUUAAACAGAAGAUCUCAGGUCAGCAGUGUGAGCCGCUGGAGCUGGACAAAGAAGACAGAAAGAGGAUUGAAGAGAUCAAAAGAGACCUGCUGUUAAAAAACCCUAUAAAGAGUCAGGGGAGCACAGACACAGAGAGCAGUGCAGCGUCCAGUGUUCGAGUCCACAAAGAGCAGGAUGCGCUCCAACGCACAGAAACAUUCACUACCCUCCGUGAUGUUAACAACCAGCCGUCCCAGCCGCUGCAGGGCCUCAGUACAGAUCUCCUCAGUGACUCCAGCCUGCAAAUCCCUCUCCGUCCAGAUCUGGAGGCUCAGAUACGUGAGAUCGCUGCCAGAGAGGGAGUAACCCUCCCGCGGACAAACCCUCAGGCCCUCACGUCCAUCACCAUCGCCACCCGCAGGCGCUCCACAUCCCCCUCUCCCUCCACGUCACCUGCACCUCCUCUGAGUCCAGAGCCGCUCCACCUGGCCGAGCUCUCCACAGGAGCAGCCGAACACGUUAAAGCUACCAGGCAGCUUCCCCCAACCAUAGAGGAAGAAGACGAGGCAAGCAGUAGUCUCUACACCAGAAACCAAACGUCUCCGUCAGCACCAGCGCAUCAGAAGAGGCAGGACGCUGUCGGAGGCCAGUUUGAAGAACCUCCUCCGCCCUCAUCUGGUUUAGAUAGAGAGGAUGAAGACAACGCACGGUCUUUACAGCGAGAUGACAACUUAUCCACCCAGGACAGCUCUGUUUCAGGUGUCAGCCACGAAAAUGAACAAGCUACAGCUUCAUCCCCAAUCAGGACGAGUCACGUCUCACAUGUCCGCCUCACUCUGUCCCCCAAAGCUACUGAUGUCCUCUCCAGUCACGCUGAUGUUGUUACAAAGCGUAAAGAAUUCGUCCCCCUCAGAUACUCCUCUCCUGCUGCCAGCAGCCCAGACGAAGGCGUCGGGUUGUCCAGCCCGCCAGAGUGGUGCGACACCAGAGAGCCGAUAAGACUGCGGCGGCCUGAAAGAGCCGACACCUCCACGCUGUUUAAAACCGUCGUGUCUCGGGAGAGAAUGACCUCCACAUCCACACAAUCCUCUACAGCACGUCACAGAGUCGUUGGGUCACCAAGAACCACUGAAGCACCAGCAGUGCCUGUUCUGCUGCCUUAUAAACCGCGUGGCAGUGAGGAGGUCUUCUACAUCCCUCAAACAGAAGCUGACGCCUCCUCUACCGCCCUGUCUGACACCACCAUGGAGAGCACCCACACAGAUCUGUACUUCUACUUACCUUAUUGGUCCUGUUUGGUUUCUGUAUUUCUCACAUGA